GCCCUGCUGUUGGAAAACCACUGGUGUCCGACUGUUGGCUGUCGGAGAUGCACCCCCCUGACCUCACUCGCCGACUUUAGUCGACAGUCGACUUCGCCUUGCUUACUGCUCGAACACACUCAAAACCUUUGCCUUCGGCGCCCUGUGCAGUCAGUUUUCUCCUUGUCACAAGAAGGGACGUACUAUUUUCACGCUCCUUCGAUAAAGCUACGACCGGAAGUGAUUAUCGUAGCAGGUUAUUAGACUAUUUUCGCCAACCCUAACCACAGAUAUAACAAUCUUAUUCAGAUUGGUGCCCUAACCGUUUUCCAAACAUUAACCAUAGUGUCAAUAACCUGCUACGUUUAUUCUAACAUAAUACUAAAAAGUUACUUCCGGUGUUUUUCGUCACAGGAAGCAGACUUCAGUUGCGGAAGUAUAAUGUAUAGGUGAUCGUUUCAGUACAUGUUUUGAUUUAGUAGUUUAGUGCAAUGUCUAAACUGUACACCGAUAAACUGACCCGGCUCUACGAGCGGUAUCGGGAGUACGUUACGAAGAACCCUGCAGCGACUGGACAACUGGAGAGCACCGUAAGAACGCUGUCGUACCUCAUUUCAGGGCGUUUCACUGACUCCCAUGAAAUCUCUGAAUUGGUGUACUCUGCCUCCAACCUGCUGGUGCUGCUUAAUGAUGGCAUUCUGCGCAAAGGGCUGUGUCGAACCCUUCCCAUGUCUCUCUCUCAGCAGAGGCUUCUCACCUGGCUUUCAGUGGUGGAGUACAUGGAGGUGUUCCUGGAGAUGGGGGCCACCAAGCUGUGGGGGGAGGGAGGUCGCUGGCUGGUCAUAGUGCUCAUCCAGAUCACUAAAGCAGUUUUGCGCUUCCUACUGCUCUUCUGGUACAAAUCUGGCAUGCAGACUUCCCCUCCUAUUACCCCACUGGACAGGGAGGCACAGCUCGGCAACGAUGAGGACCAUGAUGACCACCAGGAUGACAGCUCCUUUGUAGGCCAGCGGUCAGGGAGGGUGAUGAGGCCGUUGGGCAAUGCUCCCUCUGUGCAGGCCCGUCUGUGGGCAGCCCCCAGUAGGGAGAAGAGGUGUGCUGUGGAGGAGGAUCUGACCUCUAGUCCCACUGCCCUGGGGGUCCAGGAGACCAUAGCAGAGUCCAUGUACAUCGGACGCCCGCUGGUACACUUGCUCUGCCUGGGAAUGUGUGGGAGAGGCUCCUGGAAGCCAUGGCUCGUGUCUGGAGCCAUGGAAAUGACCAGUUUUGGUUUGAUGAGUGACACUAAAUCUCUGAACCGGCGGGAGAGGGCGGAGGUGAGAAGGAGAGCCUUUCUGCUUCUGUACUACCUGCUCCGCUCCCCUUUCUACAACAGAUUCUCUGAGACAAAGAUCCUGUUCCUACUCCGAUUUCUGGCAGACAAUGUUCCCGGCGUCGGGCUGGUUGCUCGCCCUCUAAUGGAUUACCUACCUGUCUGGCAGAAGAUCUACUUCUAUAACUGGGGCUGAGGGCAAGAGGUGGUUGAAGGUCUCCUGGCCAGCUGGAUAGGGAUCGACACUAAAGAGGGAGACUCAGUAAAAUACAGAGCCAGAGACACACAGGGACUCAAGUCCCCCACAGACUCAUUGGAAACCUGUGCUGGUUACGCUGCUGUAUUUCAACUGGGGACCCUCAAAUCAGAUCCAACAUGCAGUUCUGUUGCUAGGGCAUGCCAGAGUACCUUACAGAUCCUUCCGUUCUGUUACUAGGGCAUGCCAGAGUACCUUACAGAUCCUUCCGUUCUGUUACUAGGGCAUGCCAGAGUACCUUACGGAUCCUUCUGUUCUGUUGCUAGGGCAUGCCAGAGUACCUCACGGAUCCUUCUGUUCUGUUGCUAGGUUAUGCCAGAGUACCUUACGGAUCCUUUCGUUCUGUUGCUAGGGCAUGCCAGAGUACCUCACGGAUCCUUCUGUUCUGUUGCUAGGGCAUGCCAGAGUACCUUACGGAUCCUUCUGUUCUGUUGCUAGGGCAUGCCAGAGUACCUCACGGAUCCUUCUGUUCUGUUGCUAGGGCAUGCCAGAGUACCUUACGGAUCCUUCUGUUCUGUUGCUAGGGCAUUCCAGAGUACCUUACGGAUCCUUCUGUUCUGUUGCUAGGGCAUGCCAGAGUACCUUACGGAUCCUUCUGUUCUGUUGCUAGGGCAUGCCAGAGUACCUUACGGAUCCUUCCGUUCUGUUGCUAGGGCAUUCCAGAGUACCUUACGGAUCCUUGCCUUUUGCAUUCCCACCUUGUUCUUUAUUUUUUAUAAUUUGAGUGAUUUCCGUCAUAUCUUCCAUCAGACUGAUCUUGAACCAGUGAUUAUGGUGAAUUGAUGCCGAUUGUGUGAUUUAGUUUUCUCCUUUUGUGAACUAUACAUUACCCAGCAGUGUUAUUGACCCGAGUGGUAGGAGAUAUCUUUGGCUCCGCUGGGGAUGAUCACCAUCUUGUCAGUCAGUUUUGCUGUCUGUCACUGGGAACAAUCCCUCCUAAAUGUCUCCAGUUAAACAACCCACUACAGCUAGCCCUGAUGGGUUCUGUGCAGUUGGUCCUACAUCAUUACAGCGAAUGACUGAGGCUGGUUGAAGUUCUCUCUAUGGGGCUGUCCCAAUAUCUCCUUUCUCCCAAAGUGUGCCCUUGUUCACUCCUUCAUAGAUUGGCAUUUGGCAUGGGCUCGUGGGAGUUUCCACCAUAUUUCGUAUACUAGUCACUUCCUUUCAACUCGUUAAUUGGAGGAAGGAGAGAAUUGGGCCCUUCUGUUAGUCAGAUUAUUCAUUUGUUUUUCUACCCACUGUGCCAAUGUAUGUGACCAUGAUAUGAAAUCUAACAUUUGUAUAUUAAAUAUGCUGUAUUCUAAAUUAUUGAUAUUAACUACCUAAUUGAUGUACUUUAAAAAAAAAACUGGGCAAGUCAGUUAAGAACAGAUUCUUAUUUUCAAUGACGGCCUAGGAACAGUGGGUUAACUGCCUUGUUCAGGGGCAGAACGACAGAUUUUUACCUUGUCAGCUCGGGGAUUUGAUCCAGCAACCUUUCGGUUACUGGCCCAACGCUCUAACCACUAGACGAUCUGCCGUCCCAUCUAAUUGUUACUUAAAUUGGGGUUGAGAAUUAAGAAUCGAUUUUUGUAGUUUAGCCAGAGUACUUGAGAACAACCAUCUGGAAAUACAUUGAAACCAGGUAGUUUUCCCUGUGUGAAAUAAAUAGUUGAUGAUUGGGGGAAGUGGAAUGUUGUGGCUCUGAGUGCCUUUCAAAAGUUCACUUACCAGAGGAAAAAGGAAAGGUCUAAUAUACUUAUUUGAAAUUGUGCGAAUGUUUUUUUUAAAUUUAUGAAUCCUACAAAUGUGUUCAAUAAAUCGGCAGAAUUAAUAAUCUGG